AUGUUCGAAAUUACAUUCUUGGGUACAAGUGGUGGUCCGUUAGAGUCUUUUACUUGUUCUUUAAUAAUUAAACCAGAAGAUAUAACUUAUGAAACAUUAAGUAUAGAUGAUCAAAAUAAUUUAGAUAGUUUAAUUUGUAUUGAUGGUGGAAGUGGAAUUGCUAGUUUAACUUCAAUCAUAUAUCAAGAGAGUAAAUACAAGACUUCAAAAUGUAAUUUACUUGACUAUUACGAUGAUUCAGAAGAUAUACAAUAUUAUUAUAAUACAAAUAAUUUAAAAAUCACCACCCCAUUUAUAAAUUUAAAUCAAUUACAAUGUAUUAAUUACACUAAGAAAUUGUUUAACAAAUUGAACAACUUCUUAAUAACUCAUCCACAUUUAGAUCAUGUAAAUGGAGUAGUCAUAAAUUCAGCAGGUUAUACAACAGAGAAAAAUUAUAUUCCAAAAUUAAUAUAUGGUUCAAAAUAUACAACUACAUCAUUACAAUCAAACUAUUUUAAUGGGAUAGUAUGGCCUAAUAUGCCAAGUUUUAAUGUUGUUAAUUUGAUUGAACUUAAAUUUAAAAAGAAAUAUACAAUUGGUAAUUAUACAGUCAUAAUGUUUCCUUUAUCGCAUGGUGAAUUAAAUAUAAUUGAAGAUUAUCAACGUAAAACACAUACUGACAAAAGAAGUUCAAGUGUAACUACCAUCCCACAAGGUAUAAAUUUAAAAGAUUUUAAUAAUGCAAGAAAAUCAUCAACUGCUUCACAAUCAUCAUCUUUAAAUGAAGAUAAUAUGGAUAUAAAUGAAGUAUCAAAAAAUCAUUAUCUAUCAUCAGCAUAUUUAAUCGAAUUAAAUUCGUCAUUUUUAUUAAUUUUUGGAGAUUUUGAAUCUGAUUUAAUUAGUCAAUUGAAUUAUAAUUUAAACAUUUGGAAAUUUAUAUCUCCAUUGAUAAUUAAUAAGCAAUUAAAAGCUAUUAUAUUAGAAUGCUCGAAUGGGUUAGAAACUAAUGAAAAUGAAUUAUAUGGUCAUCUCACACCUAAGCAUAUUAUUGAAGAGUUAAAAAUAUUGGAAAAACAAUGUAAAUUAAUUGAUGAAAACAUAGAGAAACCCUUAAAAGGGUUAAAUAUUUUAAUUAAUCAUGUCAAAGAGCCUAUAUUAUCAAAUAACGAUGAAAAUUUUAAAGAUCCAAGGAAACAAAUAUUACAAAAUUUAUUAAAAUUAAAUGAAAGUGAAAAAUUGGGAGUUGAUUUCUCAAUUGCAUUAGGUGGUACAUCAAUAAUAGUAUGA